AUGCGUCCUGUUUUGAACGAGACGACGAAUGCCACGAAAAGACUCGAGUCCAAAGGCAAGGAGGCUGGAGGUGAUAAGGAAAGAGUACUUUGUUUCUUGAGGGAUGCCUAUAAGAAGACCCGGGAUCACUCUCUGAAGUACGACCUGAAGAAGUGUUUGGAGAUAAUUGAAGGUAAGGAGAACCAAGAGGUUGCAGAUCUUAGGAAUGCCUUAGAGGAGGCGCUUGUUGAAAACGAGACUCUGUUUGCAGAGAAGUGUGAGCUUGCGGUUACUCUUGAGUGUAUGAAAGCAGAGAGAGGAGAAUGA